AUGUCGGAUAAUCGUCCAACAUAUGACACUUCAUCGUCAGAUGAAGAGCCUAGUAAUCACUUUCACAUUCAAUUACCUCAGCGACAAUUAAAUUUACAAGAAAUCAGAAAACAAAAUCAUAAAAAGCAUGAAAAACCAACUAUUGCUAAACAAACCGCCAGUAACUUAGCCAAGGCGAAGAAGAUAACAACCGGCAGCAAUCAUAAAUUUGGUAACAGCAUUAACAACAACAACAACAAUGCUAACAAACAUUUGGGGAGUUCAUCUGCAGGGACGAAUAGAAGAAGUCUCAUCUCACCUACAUCUUCAACACAUGUUAGUUCAGACGACGACGAUGAUGACGAUGACAAUGCCGCUUUUUAUGGUGAUAAGCUUAACGAUAACAAAAAAUUGAAUGUUUUUGCUGACACAAAAAACAAUUUAUCUCAUUUUCAAUUCAAUGCAGAUGGAAUUAAACCUAAAUCUUUGCAUGGCCAAGGUGACGACAGUAGUGACGAUGAUGGCAAUAAUCUAGACGAGGUUGAAGAUGAGACACAUAGUGACUUUGCUGUUUUGAAUCAAAAUCACCCACCACAACAAUACUACGAAACAGAUUCAUCUGAUGAAGACGAAGAAGAUGAUGACGAAGUGCCACAAACAGUUCACAAGACAUAUUCCAAUGCUUCAUCGGGUCGCUCAAGUCGCCUCUCAAGAAAAAAAUCUAUGAGUGAGACUACUGAUACGCGAGCACCAAUACCACCGACGGGAAGAAGAUCGACAAACUCCAAUCAUUCUCGAGAAAGCUCUGGAAGGAGAAGUACCUCGUCUGGGAACAUUAACAGUGGAGGAGGACUCAAGGGAAUAUUAAGAAAAAUGUCAUUAGUUGAUUCUACUCCAGUUGAUUCAACAAACCAAGAUAUUUCCCAUAGUGAUACCUUUUUAGGUCGUGUUUUGAAUUUUGGGACUAAUCAGGGGUUGAGCGGUGGUGGUUUAGCACCAGGUGCUUCAAGAGUAAUUAGAGAAGAAGAUGAGGGAGAGUGGAACCUUGAUGAAGAGAGAAGGGUGGGCUUUGCAGCACAUGAAAAUGACCGUGAUGCCUUUGAAAUGCAACCAUUGAAUUAUGAGGAUUUAAGUGAAGAGGCAAAACAAUUGAUACAACAACAUGUUCCCGGUGCUGGCGCUAGUAACUUAGAUCAUUCUCAACAAUCGAGUGCUGCUCCUAGCACUGAAAUCACUCCUAGUCAAAGUCCAAACCAGCAUUUACUCAAUGAAAAGUCAAACAAUAAUGAAAACAACCAACAAUCAACUACAGUGGAAUCAUCAUCGUCGACGUCAUCUCCAGGAGAAGACGAGGAGCUAGCACGUAGACGCGCCUCAGAAGAACGCAAAAAAGCUGAAAACCCAUUUUAUACACCAAAUCCAGAUUUAUUUUUACGUGGAACAAAUGCCGACAAUCAAGAGCUUCACCAAGCACCCAAUGAUUUUCUUCAUGAUAUGGAUGGUGAUUACAUUGCACCGCCAAAACAAGUUCAAGCUGGGGUUUUGUCGUCGUUGUUAAGAUUAUACCAAAAUCCGCAAGAACAAAAAUCGGCCAGCUCGUUGAGUAGAGUCAGUACUGGUACUAGUGGCACAGCAUUAUCAUCAUUUGAUGAUAGUUACGAUUCAGAUGACUAUAAGGAUUCCAAGAGUUCCCUGAAUGUCGACUUGCAACACAAAUUAAAACUGGGAAUAAAAGGUGGUUCCAAGGCUAUGUUCAAUAAAGCAGCUAAUAAACUCAAACACCACUCGCAUACUCGUACAAACACAGUUGAAACUCAAGGUUCAUCAAACCUGGAAGAGUUUUCCAACGACAAGGAUGAAUUUUCUAAUGGCUAUGACGAUGACAAUAAAAUGAAUGCCAAUUUACCAUCAUUCCAAAAUGCACGCCCAAAAAUGCCCAAGAAAAAGACAACAGAACCAGUACAAAAGUUGAAAAAAUUGAGACAUAAACAACGUGCGGAAAGAUUGAGAAUCACUGUUCAUAUUGCCGACAUAUUGCAACGUCAACGAUUUAUUAUGAAUAUGUGUCGUGCGUUGAUGUUGUUUGGAGCACCAACACAUCGUUUAGAAGAGUAUAUGGUUAUGACAUCAAGAGUGUUGGAGAUUGACGGACAAUUUAUUUAUUUCCCUGGAUGUAUGUUAGUCUCGUUUGGUGAUGCAGCCACAAGAACUUCUGAAGUGCAUUUAGUCAGGUGUGCCCAAGGAAUCAAUUUAUCCAAGUUGGCCGACACUCAUAAGAUUUAUAAAGCGGUGAUUCAUGAUUUGAUUGGGGUUGAAGAUGCUUCCAAAAAGCUUGAUGACUUAUUGAAAAGCAAAAGUAGAUACCCACCAUGGUUGUGUGUUUUGUUUUAUGGGUUGGGCUCAUUAGCUGUGACACCAUUUGCAUUUGAAGGUGGAUGGUUAGACUUACCUAUAUCAUUUGGUGUUGGGUUAUGUGUUGGAUAUUUGCAAUUUUAUGUUUCAUCUAUAUCCAAUUUGUAUUCUUCAGUGUUUGAAGUUUCAGCAGCCAUUGUAGUGGCUUUCAUUGCUCGAGGAAUUGGAUCGAUCAAAGGUGGAGAUUUAUUUUGUUUCCUGGCCAUUGCUCAAGGUUCAUUGGCGAUUAUCUUGCCCGGUUACAUCAUUUUGUGUGGAUCGCUAGAAUUACAGUCAAGAAAUUUGGUGGCAGGGGCGGUUCGAAUGUUCUAUGCCGUUAUUUAUUCGUUAUUCUUAGGGUUUGGUAUUACUUUGGGUGCAGCAUUAUAUGGAUGGAUUGAUCACAAUGCCACUUCGGCCAAUUCUUGUGCACUGGGUCACGCCAUUGACGAGAAGUGGAGAAUUUUGUUUGUCCCGAUGUUUGCCUUAUGUUUAGGGUUAAUCAACCAAGCUCGAUGGAGUCAGGUACCAAUUAUGAUUGUUAUUGCUGGUAUUGGUUAUAUCGGGUCAUUUUUUGCCGGGAAGCAUUUUUCUACAGUGACUGAAUUUACUGCAUGUAUUGGUGCAUUUAUUGUUGGAGUUUUGGGUAACUUGUAUUCACGAAUCUGGAAGGGGAUGGCAGUGUCUGCCAUGUUACCGGCAAUUUUUGUCCAAGUUCCUUCCGGUAUUGCCUCCAAGAGUUCAUUGAUAUCUGGUUUGAACACUGCAGAUCAAAUUACAAACAAAAGUAGUAGUAACAAUGGUGGAACAGUAACAAAUGAUGCUAGUUCAUUGAGUUUUGGUGCAACAAUGGUGGAAGUAUCCAUUGGUAUUAGCGUGGGAUUAUUUGCAGCAGCAUUAAUUAUUUAUCCAUUUGGGAAGAAAAGAACUGGGUUAUUUGCCUUAUAG